GCUGUGUCUCGCACACGUAUCUCCCGGUACAACACCACCCCACCCUGCACCAUGCGCGCAGUUUCUUCCCUUGUCUCUCUCUCGGCCCUGGCCACCUCCUCGGCGUUCGUCGCUCCAGGCGGCAACGCCAUCCGCGCAAGCACCGGCAAGACCAACGCUGCCAUGGCCCUGAGGUGCCUUUCUCGAGCGCGGCUGACUUCUUCCGUUCGGCCACAAGCAGCACUACGGCGACCCACGGCUGUGAGGACGAUGAUGAUGAUGUCCGACGCCGCGGUGACAGAGGAGGAGGCUGCCCCCGCGGCUCCCACGGGAGAGCUGACGGAGCUAGCGCGGCUCGAAAUCCGCAUCGGAAAGAUUGUGGAGAUCGCCCGGCAUCCGGACGCGGACAGCCUGUACGUUGAGAAGGUGGAUCUGGGGCAGGGGGAGGAGGAGGGGCCCCGCACGAUCGUCUCGGGGCUUGUGAACUUCUGCGAGGAGUCGGACCUCUUGGGGAGAGACGUUGUCGUGCUGUGCAACCUGAAGCCGGUCAACAUGAAGGGAGUGACGUCGGCGGGCAUGCUGCUCUGCUCGAGCAACGAGGACCACAGCAAGGUGGAGCCCCUCUGCCCCCCGGAGGGCGUGCCUCUGGGAGAGCUGGUGACGUUCGACGGGCACCUGCCAUCGCCGGUGGACGCCGGAAACAGGGCCGGGAAGGCGUGGAAGAGAGCCUCCAAGACUCUCGCUGUGGACGACAGCGAGGAGGCGAAGUUCACUGGGGAGAAGCUCCCGGCUACCUUCAUGACCUCCAAGGGCCCCAUCACGUCUCCUUUGCCAGGCAGCAUCUCGUAGAACACUCAACAACUCUUCUCCCAACCAGAAUCGCCCCCCCGCUUCGAGUCAGUUUUGUUUUGCGGGGGGCAAUUAUAGUGGGAAUGAGGAGCUAGUAGGCGCUGCACGUGCUUGUUGGUGGCAAAAUGUUGUGUCGGCUGCACGUGUUGC